AACCUGACCACCUGGCACAUUCGGGGCCAGUAUUUGUUCCGUCCCACCAGCUUGUGCUGUGGUCAUGGCAGGCCAGGCCAGGAGAGGGGUGGCUGUUCAAGACCCUCAGAACCUUGCCAAUAGAAGGGCUCCAUGGUUAACCCAAUGACCGUCCUCGCUCAUGUAUUUUUGUUAAACUCAGGAGUGCGGGGGCUGGAUCUGCAAAGACUUGGGUGCCCCAAUCCAAAAUUUAGGUGCUCAAAACCCCUGCUCAGCUGCUGCCUAACGUCGUUAGCACCUAAGUUUCCACUGGUGCGCGUACUUGAGUGCUCAUUGGGGCAGAGAGAGAGAGUGUGAGUGACUAUAGCCCAGUGGUGAAGAAACUCACCUGGGAGAUGAGUCCACAGGAAGAACACAUGUGGGGUGAGUGUGCUAAUGACUGGGCAGCCCCACCCCCUUUUUGUGUGGGUGGACGUGGACUGAUCUGUUUUAGGCACCUAAAGUUAGGCGUUGGGAUGCUGAGUCUAUCUCCUACAUGGGUCUAGCCCCAGAUCUCCUUAUCCUGUACUGACAUUCUCUCUGCUCAGGGUUCUGGUCCCCGUUCUUCUGUGAUGUUUCAGACCGUAGGAAUCGGACUUCUCUUGCUGGUUACGUGUGGUUCAUGUGAGGAUACGGCAGCUGAUGAUAUAGGAGUGCACAUGAUGGGCCGCAUAUCUGAGCUCCUUUCCCCGGAGGAAUGUCAUGAGUUCUACACUCAGAUCACCGGCCCUGAGGAGAACAUGGAGAAAGCGCUGGAGCGACUCUCUGAGGCGAAGAACCCAAUCCGCUCCCGCCACCGGCGAGACAUCAUCAGCACAGAACAGUGCAAAGACGUCCUGACCCAGUGGCUUGAGGUGGAAGGAGAUGCAGUGUACUGGGACCGUCUCUCCCGAGCUCUCCGCCAGAUUGGGCGCCCUGACAUCUCCCAGGAGCUGGGCAAGAACUUGAACCAGGACAAGAACCUUGAGCUGAAGAGGAACGUGGAAGAAUAUCACAAGGGGGUGGAACAUCUGACCUCCUUGCUCCUGCUGGAGGAGGAUGAGAAAUAUGGCGAGACAAACCAGCACAUCAGAGCUGGGCGAGCAGGUGGGAAAUCCCGCAGGGCGAGCAGAUCGAUGCAGGAAGGCUGGGGUGACAUCGACCUCAUCAUCGAAAGGAAACCACUCCCUCCGUACAACAGGAGCCUCUUUGAAUGGCUCAAUCCGGUGGCUUCUGGCUUCAUCGGAGGGUUUUUAACCUCUUGCGUCCUCAUGGCACUUGCUAUUUACUCCUUCCUCUGGACCCUGAACCGAGACUCCCUGGAGACUUCCCAUCAUAACCCAGGGCCCCGGCCUGAGCGUGCGGCUCACAACCCCUUGUUCGAGUACGACCUCAACUAUGCCUUGAUUUUAGAUGAAGACUUAGGGGACAGUUUGGAUGGGGAUGCUUCCGACGACACCAGCUUUGAAGGGGAGCCGUAAUUUGAACCUGAAACUUUUCCAUCUACAGCCCCAUGGGGCGCAGCCAAUAAAAUGCUCCUGUUUAUGGAAUCGAGCCCAGGAGUUUGGUU